AUGUCCGAGAAGAUCAAAGAAGCAGUGCUUGCUGAGGCCAAAAGCACUCAGGCAAUUGCUCAAGAUGUGAUCACGUCAGGCGCAUACUUGUAUCCAUUUAAGGGCAUUGUUUACUUUGCAACCCAUAAAGACCUCUGGCGCCCUUUUAUCUCUCGCGCCGGCCGAACUAUCUCGCUGGGACUAGGUGUCACGAGUAUCAUGUUCUUCUUCACGUACGUGCCGCAGAUGGCCAUAAUGGCCUUCACCAGUGGCCCAUUGGCUGCUAUUUCAGCGGCGAUCCUCGUUCUUAGCGAAAGUUCCACCAUAACAAACGUCCUCUCGCGCUCAUUUCUCGUCGAAGAAGCCCUGAUCGACACCUUCGAUGGCACCCUGGUCGCGCGUGACCAGGAGCCACUCGUAACACAAGGACGCCAGAUGAAGCCCCGAUCGGGAGGAAAAGAUGCGAUGGCCAGACUAGGUAAGGUUAUCACUCGACCUCUUGCACAGUUGAACCCACGGGCGCUGUUGCGAUCGUUGCUCUACCUGCCCCUGAACCUCAUUCCUGUGGUCGGGACGGUGUUGUAUAUCUUCAUGCAGGGGAAAAGAGCAGGACCGGUGCUUCAUGCCAGAUAUUUCCAGCUCAAGGGCUGGGAUUAUACAAUGCGAGAGGAGUGGGUGAAGAACAACCAGGCUGCGUACACUGGAUUCGGAAUUGCGGCUUUUGUUUUAGAAAUGGUACCAUUCGCCUCGAUUCCAUUUUCGUUCACGAACACUGUUGGCGCAGCUCUCUGGGCUGCAGAUUUGGAGAAGGCAAACAAGUAG